CGGUUUCCGGCCGGUGGUAGUGCACCGGCUUCCCGGAGACGUGUAACGGACGGUGGGAGGCAGCCAUGGCCGAGAGGAAACCUAACGGUGGCGGCGGUCCCGCCAGCACCUCCUCAUCGGGCACUAACUUACUUUUUUCCUCCUCGGCCACGGAAUUCAGCUUCAACGUGCCCUUCAUCCCAGUCACCCAAGCCGCCGCUGCCUCGGCCUCCUUGCUCCUGCCCGGAGAGGAUUCCACGGAUGUCGGUGAGGAGGACAGCUUCCUCGGUCAGACUUCGGCUCACACGUCUACCCCACAGACAUUUAGUUAUUUCUCUCAGGUAUCAAGCAGUAGUGAUCCUUUUGGGAAUAUUGGACAGUCACCGUUAACGACUGUGGCAACGUCAGCUGGGCCCUCCGCAUUCUCCAAGUCCCCUGCUGCUCUCCCUUUUACAACUGGACCCCAAGAUGGGUUGAAUGCGUGUUCACCGCCCAUUUCGAAGGCUCAGUAUGGUGCUCCACCUUCACAGAUGGGAAUGAAUGCUUACCUGCCUUCUCAGCCGGGUAGUCUCCCUCCUUCCAAUUUUGGGAGCCCACCGCAAGGAGCACCCCAACAAGGACACAAUCCGUAUCGUCAUACCCCUGUGAGCAGCAGGGCCAAUCCUUACAUUGCACCACCGCAGCUGCAGCAGUGCCAGACACCAGCCCAUCCUGUCCAUCCUCCAGCCCCGGGGCCCCCUGUGCAGAUGUACCAGAUGCCUGGAGGAUCUUUGCCACCGAUUCCUCAUUCAGUGCCAUCAGGGUUGACCCCUCCAACACAACAGCAGGCCCUGCCUAGACCAGCAGGUCCCUCUGUGCAAGCGCCAUCUCCUUUUCUACUUCAAAACCAGUACGAACCUGUUCAGCCCCACUGGUUUUACUGCAAGGAGGUAGAAUACAAACAACUAUGGAUGCCUUUCAGUAUGUUUGACUCUUCGAACCUUGAAGAAAUCUAUAACUCAGUCCAGCCAGACCCCGAGAGCGUGGUUCUAGGCACGGAUGGAGGGCGCUAUGAUGUGUAUCUCUAUGACCGAGUGAGGAAGGCUGUGUACUGGGAGGAGGAGCCCACUGAAGUGAGACGCUGUACUUGGUUCUACAAAGGGGACACGGACAGCAGAUUUAUUCCCUAUACAGAGGAGUUCAGUGAAAAACUAGAGGCUGAAUAUAAAAAAGCAGUAACCACAAAUCAGUGGCACCGUAGAUUAGAGUUCCCAAGUGGAGAGACAAUCGUUAUGCACAAUCCAAAGGUUAUUGUUCAGUUCCAGCCUUCAUCAGUGCCAGAUGAAUGGGGAACCACACAAGAUGGACAGACGAGGCCCAGGGUUGUGAAGCGUGGAAUUGAUGAUAACCUUGAUGAGAUUCCUGACGGGGAAAUGCCUCGGGUUGAUCAUUUGGUGUUCAUGGUGCAUGGCAUUGGACCUGUGUGUGACUUGCGCUUUAGAAGCAUUAUUGAAUGUGUGGAUGAUUUUAGGGUGGUUUCUCUGAAAUUGCUGCAGACACAUUACAAGAAAUCUUUAGACGAUCGGAAAGUAAGCAGAGUGGAAUUCCUUCCUGUUCAUUGGCAUAGUUCCUUGGGUGGGGAUGCCACAGGUGUUGACAGGAACAUUAAGAAAAUUACUUUACCAAGUAUUGGUCGGUUUCGUCAUUUUACCAAUGAAACCUUGCUAGAUAUUUUAUUUUACAAUAGCCCCACCUACUGUCAGACAAUCGUGGAAAAAGUGGGAAUGGAGAUAAACCGUCUGCAUGCACUUUUUAUGAGUCGGAAUCCAGACUUCAAAGGAGGAGUCUCUGUUGCUGGUCAUAGUUUAGGUUCUUUAAUAUUGUUUGACAUCCUGUCUAAUCAAAAAGAUUUGAAUUUGUCAAAGUCUCCUGGGCCUUUUGCUGUAGCUAAUGGAGUUGUGAAGCCGCCACAUUUUCAGGAAAAGCAGAUGCCUGAAGAGCCAAAGUUGACUUUGGAUGAGUCUUGUGACCUUGACGUUGAAAAUGAAGAAGUCCUAAGUUUGCAAGAGACUCUGGAAGCACUUAGCCUCUCUGAAUAUGUUAGCACUUUUGAAAAGGAAAAGAUUGAUAUGGAAUCUCUGCUUAUGUGUACAGUUGAUGACCUGAAGGAAAUGGGCAUACCCCUUGGACCCAGAAAGAAGAUCGCUAACUUUGUAAAACAGAAAGCAGCUAAACUGGAACAGAAAAAAGCAGCAGCAGAGAAGAAGGCAGUGAUGGCCGCUUCGACAAAGGGACAAGAGGAAAAUGCUCAGAGAGCUAAAGAAAUGACUUCCCUCCCCUCAGACUCUAACGAGUCCAAGCGGAAACUUCCAGUUGGUGCUUAUGUGUCUUCUGUGCAUGUUGAUUAUGAGUCUUUCGAAGUUGGCACUGGACAGGUUUCUGUUGUUUACAACGCAUUAGACUUUGAGCCAGAGAUUUUCUUUGCCUUGGGAUCUCCAGUUGGUAUGUUUCUCACUAUUCGAGGAGUGGAUAGAAUAGAUGAGAACUACAGACUUCCUACGUGUAAAGGAUUCUUCAAUAUUUAUCAUCCACUUGAUCCAGUGGCUUACAGAUUAGAGCCUAUGAUUGUUCCAGAUUUGGACCUGAAAGCGGUUCUCAUCCCACAUCACAAAGGCAGAAAAAGACUUCAUUUAGAGCUGAAAGACAGUCUCUCUCGUAUGGGAUCUGAUUUGAAACAGGGCUUUAUUAGCUCCCUGAAAAGUGCUUGGCAGACGUUAAACGAGUUUGCCCGCGCUCACACCUCUUCAACUCAGCUGCAAGAAGAACUGGAGAAAGUGGCCAAUCAGAUCAAAGAAGAAGAAGAAAAACAAGUAGUUGAAGCAGAAAAGAUUGUUGAAAGUCCAGAUUUUUCCAAGGAUGAGGACUACUUAGGAAAGGUUGGAAUGCUAAACGGAGGUCGCCGAAUUGACUACGUACUUCAAGAAAAGCCAAUAGAGAGUUUUAAUGAAUAUCUUUUCGCUCUUCAGAGUCAUUUAUGCUAUUGGGAAUCUGAAGAUACUGCUCUGUUGUUACUUAAAGAAAUUUAUCGAACAAUGAACAUCAGUCCAGAACAGCCCCAGCAUUGAUUGGACUUCAGUGUCACUCUACUUUCUUGUCUUUCCAGAAAGUUGGAGUAGAAAUUACAUUGCUGAGAAAACUCUCAGAGGACAUUCCCAGUUUGCUCCUGUGAUGGAUGACAAAAAAGUGGUUCAUCAACAUUUGCUCAGAAAGAAUUCUCACAAGUAGGAAGUCAUUUAAAAGAUAACACGCAGAACAAAAAGACAAUGAAGAAAAUCAGUACCAUGUUUGGACAGUAUGGAUAAGAAAAUGUAAUUUUAAAAAUGAUGCAAUUAAAAAUUCCUCAGAUCAGGUUAGUUGUGCAGCUGUCAAAGUAAUGCUUGAUAUCGAUGAAGAAAUAUUUGUGGCAUGCAGACGGUUAUUUCUGUUUCUUAAAAACUUACUGUCAGUGGGUUAUUAAACUUGCAUUUUUUAAAAUUAAUGUAGUAUGUUCUUUUAUUCAAGUAUGGACUUCUUGAGAAACUGUAGUUAUAUGAUUUUCCAAAAAUUUGCGUUCUACUUUUCUACUUUAAAUGUGAGUUGUAGUUCUGAGCUGCUUUACUGCGGGGUCAUUUGUGUCUAAGAGGAAGUAACCAAGAUCGCUUAUAUUCCAAGUUGAAUCUGAGGUUUUAUGAAGCCUUUCAAGCACUGGCUGAGCACAGAGUGGUGGACAUGAGAUGCUCCUGUGGCCCCGAAGUCCUGGGAAGUGCUCUCCCGGCACUUCCAUGUCAGCCAGCGGCGGCACGGGGACGGGGGUGCAGACGGGAGGUUUUCCAUUUUGUCAUCUGAGGUAGCUGUGCAGUUGCCUCGUUGCUAAACUUUCAAUUAAUGUGAACCAAAGUAGAGUUUCUUGGGGUUUUUUUUUGUUGUUGUUGUUGUUUUUUUUUGCUUUGUAUUAAUUUCACUUAUACCAAAGUGUUUCAGAGUAUCAGAGUAUGAAAUGUAUUGCUUCUAGACUAUAACAUCUACUUCCUGAAAAGACUGUUCUGUAAUAUUUCACUUUGUUUACUUAUAACUUCAAAUUAUCUUAAAUAUUUUCCUAAUACUACAUGGGAAUGCUGAUUUUUCUUCCUUUGUUAUGCAGUAGAAACAUUUUACACUGUUUAUUACAUAGUUCUCAUGGAACAUAGAAUUUUUUGAAAGCAACAUAUGAUACACAUUUUUUUGUGUAUAUGUCCUAAUUAGUGUGAAUAAAAUAGUUACUGCAUUUUU